AUGCUUGCCCUUCGCUUGAUCGCUUCUGUUUUCGCAUUUUUCGUGUGCGUCCGUGCCGCCUCCGACGCGGUCGUGACCCACAAAGUGUACUUUGAUAUCCAGCAUGGCGACAAGAACGUGGGCCGCAUUGUGCUGGGUCUUUUCGGAAACGUAGCACCUAAGACCGUCCAGAACUUUUACGAAUUGAGUACCUCCGAGGACCCCUCAAUGGGUUACCUCAACUCCACGUUCCACAGAAUUAUCAGCAACUUCAUGAUCCAGGGUGGCGACUUCACCGACCACUCCGGCAUUGGCGGCAAGUCCAUCUACGGCAACACCUUCGAGGAUGAGUCUUUCGAGCUCAAGCACGACAAACCAGGCCGUUUGUCCAUGGCUAACAGAGGCCGCAACACCAACGGUUCUCAGUUCUUCAUCACCACCGUGCCAACCCCUUGGUUGGACGGCAGACACGUGGUCUUCGGUGAGGUCAUCGACGGCAUGGACGUCGUUGAGUACCUCGACUCCGUCCCCACCGGGCGCGGCGACAAGCCCAAGGAGGUUGUCAAGAUCGUUGCGUGCGGCGAGGUUGAGACCGUGCCUGUCAGGGAACAGUUGAAGGAGGAGGCAGGAAUCCGCGACGAGUUGUAG